AUGCGUUGCUCUUUCCUUACCUCAGCCGCUCUUCUCGGUACAGUCAGCUCUUCCGCUGUGCCCUUUCUUGGAUAUGAUCGAAGAGUAGUGCGUGAUUACUUCGACAAACGAAUCGAUAAUGGAACGGCAUAUUCCUGCUUGGCAGAGGCUGCUACGACUACAGUAGCACCAAAGCUCAACCCAUGGGCUCCCCUGACGCCGGAAGAGAAUCUUGCUGUUUGGACUUUGCUCCAUUCUCCGACGGCCGGCCUGAACCUUACUGAUCCCAAUGAGGCUGUACUAACAGACAACUACGUGUUCUGGAUAGAUGCGUUACAUACCAACAAGAGUGAGGUGCUACCGUACAUAGACGGUGACGCAGCGAUGCCUGCCAAAUAUGCACGUGCUAUCAUUUUCGAAGGCGGGAAAGCUGAGCCAGACUCCCAGGAAUACAUGAUUGGCCCUCUUCCAGUAUCUUCAGAAACCACGAUAGAGAAGUUGGACUAUCUUUACAAUGGCGGUGCUGGUGGUUCUGUGCCUUACAACGCCCGGUAUUUUGAUGGCCCAAGAUCAAGUGCGACGGAUCCACUCAUCGCAUCCAUCAUGUCGAAUAUAUCAGACAUAACGGCUGCUCUCUUCCAAGGAGGUGUAUACUACGGAUCAAGUGACGAAAGGUCGAAUCUCUCGUUAACCUCCGGCACGCCCCUCUCUUUCGACGGUACUAGCGCAUUUCGCAACAUCAUGUUCCGUUUUCCAGGUCCAGCAACCUACAUGACACCUUUAGACUUCUAUCUUUUGAUCGACUGUACUGGCACUGAUCCUUCUCUCUACUCGCUGAAAGGAUUCGUUACAAACGAGAAGUUUUACCCCACUAUCGCAGAGUUGCGGGCUGCAUUCGAGGCAGGCGAGCUUGCUAUGGAAUACGACCAGACUCUUGACGCAAGUUGGGCUUUAGUCGACUACAAGCCAGAGUUGGGUGUGCGAGACCUCGAAGAGCGUUUAGCACCAAGCACUCUUGAGAUUGGUGGAAAGCGAUACAAACUUGACAAGGAGAACCAAUACGUUGAGUACAUGGGUUGGUCGUUCUACAUGUCGUUCUCACGAACACUUGGCAUCAUGUUCUAUGACAUCAAAUUCAAGGGCGAACGCAUUCUAUACGAGCUGUCAAUGCAAGAAGCCACUGCGCAAUACGGUGGCAACCAGCCCAAAGCUGCUAAUACAGUAUACCACGAUACUUACUACCAACUCGGUACUGAGAUGGGAAGCUUGGUGGAAGGCUUCGACUGCCCAUGGGGAUCGACAUUCUGGAACAUCACUUACCCAUCCUACAACACAACGCGAGUCAACACCAACGCAAUUUGCAUCUUCGAAACCGACAUGAAUUUUCCUCUCUCACGCCAUCGUACAGGUGCAUCCAACGACUACGGCUUCAGUAACCUCGGUAGCGUGAAGGGCGCUGGGUUAAUCGUCCGCGCGAUUGCAACUGUUGGUAAUUACGACUACAUGUUCGACUAUUCCUUCCAUAUGGACGGCUCCCUUGAAGUAAUUGUGCGUGCAUCCGGGUAUCUGCAAUCUAGCUUCUACUAUCCGGCACAGGCGAAGUUCGGACCGAGGAUCCAACAAGCUACCCAAGGCUCACUUCACGAUCACAUUGUUACAUACAAGGCGGAUUUUGACAUAGUUGGUGCUGCCAACUCACUUCAAGUGUCGGAGUUGGUAGCUGUCAACCAAUCUCAGCCAUGGUUCCCCGAGCUCGGCGAAUUCGAACAAAUGGAGAUGAACGUCACAUAUAUGGGUGAAGAGCAACAGUUCAACUGGGCUCCCAACAACCAGGCCAUGUACGUCGUGUUGAACCCAAAUGCUACAAAUGCCUGGGGUGAGAAGCGUGGCUACCGUCUCGUACCUGGCCGCUCUGACAUCCACCUCUCGACCCUCAACUCACCCUGGUCGCUUAAAAAUUCCGAGUUUGCCAAGUCGCAUCUUGCCGUUACACGCCAGCACGACAACGAGCCUUUCGCCAACAGUGUCCAGAACAUCAACCUCCCCUUCGCACCGCAGCAAGACUUUAGCAAAUUCUUUGACGGCGAAUCAGUUGAAGCUGAAGAUUUAGUUAUCUGGUUCAACCUCGGCAUGCAUCAUUACACUAGGAGUGAAGAUGUACCUGUGACUUUGUACACGGAGGCGUAUUCUAGCAUCGUAUUUGCGCCACAAAACUUCUUCGAUAGGGCGCAAGAUGGAGAUUUGCUCAAUCGUAGAUGGAUCGAGAUCGAUGAUGAUGGAAACAUGACGUUUAAUGCAUACGGCGUGGGGCUCGAUGUUUGCCCGAUUGUCCUUGAGGAACCUACGGCCCUACUGGGCGGCGUUGGUGAUAUGUAG